AUACAGACAGUACUAACAUCUGUGGAUGCAGUAUGAACAUCUGUAAUAAUAGUCAUAAGAAGGGUCACAGUGUCAGUGAUAAGACUAAUACAAGUUUAUUUUUCUAUAAGCACGUGUUGUUUGCACUUUUUCUUGGCUUCCUGGACAGCACUUACAACUCCUUGAGCGACUUGACGACGUACAACCGGAUAUAUAUCGUUUACACAGAAGAAAAAAAAUACUACUACUAAUACUACUUGUCACUAGUGAGUCAUGUUUUUCUGGACUGAGAAAUUCAGAAUCACAUUUCCAACAGUACUCUCCCCUGUCAUGCAACACUGUAGGGACAUCGACUAAAUUGAAAUUUAAAUAAUUCUUCUGUAAUCAUGUCGGUAAAAAGAACAUCUUAGGUAUCUGAAUUAUAUCAUUUCUUUUUAAACUGACACGUUUGAUGGAAAGAGUAAAGGCCUCAGUUUAACAGUUGAUUGCAAACUUUUGAACAGUGGUGCACUGAUGUGCUGGGGGUACAAAAACAGCUGUGAAAGUGCCCUCUCGGAUCUGAUAAAGUGCCCCCAGGUUUAGAAAGUAAGUAGGUCACCGUUGUUUUUUUGUGGCUGGUGAAUUAAGUAUUUUACCAGCUGGUGCUCAUUUCCAACCCUGAGUGCCUCCUAGGAAAUGUGUCAUGGAAAAAACACAAUGAAUUGCCCUCUUGGGUGCCCUUCGAUCGGAGUAAAGGUGAUGCAGGGCCCUGUAGGAUGGCCUGUUAGUAGAGAAAAUAUGGUGAAUUGUGCUGUGGGGUGACCUUCCAGUGGAGAAAAUGCAGUGAUUUGCUUUGUAGGGUGCCCUCCAGUGGGGAAAACAUGACACUGGGCCUGUUAUGGUGCCCUUGUACUGGAGAAAACACAGUGACUUGCCCUCCAGUGGAGCAAAGUUGAUGUAGGGCCCUGUAGGAUGCUUUUCUGCUGGAGAAAAUAUGAUGAAUUGCCCUCAAGGGUGUUCACCACUGGAGAAAAUAUGAUGCAGGACCCUGUGUGGUGCCCUUCUAGUGGAGAAAACAAUAAAUUUCCCCUGAGGGUGAAACAUAAGUGGAGCAAAGGUGAUGCAGGGCUCUGUAGGGUGCCCUCCUAGUGGAGAAAAUAGAAUGAAUUGCCUGCUAGGGUGCCCACCACUGGAGAAAACAGAAUGCAGGACCCUGUAUGGUGCCCUUCUAGUGGAGAAAAUGCAAUAAUUUGCUCUCUAGGGUGCCCCUCCAGUGGAGCAAAGGUGACACAUGGUCCUGUCGGCUGCCUUUCUGCUGGAGAAAAUGUGAUGUGAUUGACUGACAGUUUCUGUCACACCUUUAUUCUAGAAGGAAGGGGGGGAUUUUAGACAACAUGGGACCCACUGAAUAAUUUACAUGUUGCAGGUGUACAGUGUACAUGUGGCUCUUAAUGGGAGAAGCAGAAUUUCCCUGAAUCCGCUGUCCUUUUUUCAUGAAGAGCAUUCUCCUCUUCCUCACCUAAACUAUCAUCCUAGCAGUCACUCAUUUGCUUCCCCUGACUGCCUUUGAGAUCAAUAUGUCAUAUAUGCUAGAGGACUACAUAGAAUCUGUUAUCAACUCAAAUAUAUGUUAUACAGUUGCUGUAAAAUGAAACCUUUCAGUAUAGUUGGUUUUCUACACUGUUUACAAUUGAUAAAACAUAUUAUGAUUCUUCAGAGCAUGAACAGCGUCUCCUGCACCACAUGUUGAGCUCACUGCAUGUUGGUAGACAGGGGCUAUAAGCACACAGUGCCUCCUCUUCCUGGAAUAAAGCAAACUGUCAUAGUCCCUCCCUCUUCUUCCUGCUCCCAAACACAGCCAAUCCUCUCAGUCUACGUUUCCUGCUUCCUCCACCCACCACAGAUCUGCCAGUGUACAGAUGGGUGUAACCAGCAUGCUGUGACCUGCAAGAGUUGGCAUCUUAUGUACUGCAGAACAGCAAGUGUUCUGUGCUUAUCUCAUGGUGAAACUAUUUCACUUUCACUGUUUCUUCUAGGUGAAAUGGCGCAGCGAGGAAUUCAGCUGGAUGAGGAAAAACUCUCCUGCUCGAUCUGUCUGGAUCUACUGAAGGAUCCGGUGACUAUUCCCUGUGGACACAGCUACUGUAUGAGCUGUAUUAAAAACUACUGGGAUGAAGAGGAUCAGAAAGAAAUCCACAGCUGCCCUCAGUGCAGGCAGACCUUUGGACCGAGGCCUGCUCUGGGGAGAAACACAGUGUUGGCAGAUUUAGUGGAGGAAUUGAAGAAGACAGGACUCCAAGCUGCUCCUGCUGAUCACUGCUACGCUGAACCUGAAUAUGUGGGCUGUGAUUUCUGCACUGGGAGGAAGGUGAAAGCUGUCAAGUCCUGUCUGCAGUGUCUGGUCUCGUACUGUGAGCAGCACCUCCAGCCUCACCAUGAAAUUGUUCCAUUAAAGAAACACAAGCUGGUGGACCCCUCCAAGAAGCUUCAGGAGAACGUCUGUACUCGUCACAGUGAGGUGAUGAAGAUUUUCUGCCGCACUGAUCAGCAGUGUAUCUGUUAUCUGUGCUCCAUGGAUGAACAUAAAGGCCACGACACAGUCUCAGCUGCAGCAGAAAUGACUGAGAAGCAGAAAGAGCUCGGGGCGACUCGACAAAAGAUCCAGCAGAGAAUCCAGAACAGAGAGAAAGAUGUGAAGGCGCUUCAGCAGGAGGUGGAGGCUAUCAAUCGCUCUGCUGAUAAAGCUGUGGAGGACAUCAAGAAGAUCUUCACAGACGCGAAGCAGCAGAUCAGAUCUCGUCAGAAAUCCGGGGUGACUCUCGCCAAUGAGCUUCAGGAGAAGUUGGAGCAGGAGAUCGCUGAUCUGAGGAGGAAAGAUGCUGAGCUGGGGCAGCUCUCACACGCAGAUGACCACAUCCAGUUUUUGCACAAUUACAUUUUGCUGUCACGACUUAGUGAAGCUACAGAUUCAUCCGGAGUGAAGAUCCGUCCUCUGAGGUACACUGAGGAUAUGACUGCAGCUGUGUCAGGGGUCAGAGAUAAACUGCAGGACAUUCUUAGUGAGGAGUGGACCAAGAUAUCACUGACAGGGUCUGAAGAUGUUUUACUGGCACAGGCAGAGCCCAAGACCAGAGCUGAAUUCCUCAAAUAUUCAUGUCAAAUCAGACUGAAUAGAAACACAUCAGGCAUGGACAACCUGGGUAUUACAGAUGGCCUAAAGGCAAAAUACUGUGAAAACAAUUACAACUAUUGUCGUCACCCAGACAGUUUUACUGACUGGCCUCAGGUUUUGUGUAGAGAAAGCCUGACUGGGCGUUGUUACUGGGAGGUGAAGUGGAAAGGGAGUGGCAUUUUUGUAGCAGUUGCAUACAAGACUAUUAGCAGAACAGGAAGAGACAGUAUAUUUGGACACAAUGACAAGUCUUGGGCCUUGGAGUGUUUCCAUGAUAGUUAUGAAUUCAGACAUAAAAACAUCAUCACUCCCAUCUCAGGUCCUCACUCCUCCAGAGUAGGAGUGUACCUGGAUCAUGGGGCAGGCACUCUGUGUUUCUACAGCGUCUCUGACUCCACGAUGACUCUCCUCUACAGAGUCCAGACCACAUUCACUCAGCCUCUCUGUCCUGGAUUUGGUCUGUAUGUUUAUGGAUCCUACGCUGAAAUCUGUAAAGCUUAAAACACAGAAGCCUGAAACCCACAGAGACAAGACGCCACCCAUGGCAUCUUAUUAGAGUUUCUGUUUGUGGUGCUCUUUCUCUUUUCAGCCGAGGUGGUUAUCACUGCUUGUUAUGACAAGUGAGUUCUUUGUGAAAUAUUUGUAUAAUAAAUAAGCAAUCGCAACGUGUUGUGACAAAUUUGUUGUGAUUAUUUAGCUUCUAACUUGUUGUGUAGUCUGUAAUGUUGUUCUGUUGGAUGUAUGUUUGUGUUGUUGCAGCUCUAUACGCCUCGUCUUUAUCACAGCAUUUUAAUAAAUCAAUAAAUCAAACAUU